UUUAAGAGUUAAACAGGUAAAGAAGCCUCACCUGUCGGCAGUAGAGGAUAUCACACACCUGAGAUUUUAGGAUUAAAUACGUUUUGCAGGUUAGGCUCCUGGAGAUGGCAUCCGUCAGUGAUACUCCCACUCCCAUCCAUCACUCAGUGUGGGUAAAUCUACCCGGCGCCAGUGUCUGUUAGCUGGAGUAACAUAAGUAGCAGUGUUCUCCUCCAAGCGUGUUAAGCUCCAGUGGAGUUGUGUUAGCGAUAUUAGCGGUUUGAAAAUUUGUGGUGGAGUUUUAUGUGUCUCGGAAAAAGACCCUUCUAGCCUUAACCUCCCAGCACUCAUAGCGCUGUGUGAUUGGGUGGUUCCAGAUAGUUGCUAGUGGACAGGAUUAGAAACAAAAAAUCUGAUGGGAAAAUCUGGGAAACUGAGGAACUCUCCAUGAUGGAGCUUCAGAAUUUCAACAGUGGAGGAGGAACCUCUGACACAAGGAUGAAGCGUGCAGGAUCUCCAGUGUCCAGCUGUGUGCCCAUAAAGAAGUUCCAGUCCUUUUCUGAACCAACGAGCUUCAGUGGAGGAGGAGCUUCUGACUCGAGCAGGACUGAAACACAAAGAGCAGCUUCUCCAGUAACCAGCUGUGUGUCUAUGAAGAGUCACUGGUCUCUACCUGAGCCUCCUAGAUUCAGUGAUGGACCUGAAUCUUCUGACCGAAGGAGCUUUUUUCCAGAAGAAGCACUGCAGGAGAACAUUCUGGACAUGGGAACUAAAGAACAUCAGGAAUCUUCACAACUUAUGGAUGAGCUUCUGCACAGAGUCUUAAAAAGCCACAAAACCAGCAUGAAGAACAAGUAUGAGAACUUAUUUGAAGGAAUCAAAGCUCCAGAAAAUAGAACUCUCCUAAACAGGAUUUACACUCAACUCUACAUCAUAGAGGGAGAGAGUGAAGAGGUGAAUAAAGAACAUGAGGUUCUACAGAUGGAUAAAACACAAAAGAACCCCUUACAGGACUCUCCAAUCAACUGCUUAGAUAUAUUUAAACCUCUACAAGUUCCUAAAGAAGGAUCAGAUGAAGAGAACUUUAGAGGAGAACCAAAACCAAAAGUUCAGAAGCUCAGAACAGUGCUGACUAAAGGAAUCGCUGGAAUUGGAAAAACUGUCUCUGUUCAGAAGUUCAUUCUGGACUGGGCUGAAAAAAAGGCCAAUCAGGAUGUAGAUUUCAUGUUUGUUCUUCCGUUCUGGGAGCUGAACUUGAUUAAAGAUGAUCAGUACAGUCUUCAUGAACUUCUGUGUGUCUUUCAUCCUGAGCUCAAAGAUCUGGACCCAAAGAUCUAUGAUGUGUGUAAAGCUGUGUUUAUAUUUGAUGGUCUGGAUGAAAGCAGAAUUCCACUGAAGUUUGAAGAGUGUGAGAAAGUGUCUGAUGUAUCCAUGACAUCAUCAGUGAGUGUUUUAAUGACAAACUUGAUCAAAGGAGAUCUUCUUCCCUCUGCCCACAUCUGGAUCACCUCCCGACCAGCAGCAGCCAAUCAAAUUCCUCCUCAGUUCAUCAACCGUGUGACAGAAAUUCAGGGGUUUACUGACCCACAGAAGGAGGAGUACUUCAGAAAGAGGAUCAGUGACCAAGACCAGGCCCAGAAAAUCAUCUCCCACAUUAAGAAGGCGAGGAGCCUCCACAUCAUGUGCCACAUUCCCGUCUUCUGCUGGAUCUCAUCCACUGUGCUCCAGAGAAUCAUGGAUCAAGACAGUGAUACAGAAAUCCCUAAAACUCUGACUGAAAUGUACUCCCACUUCCUGCUCACUCAGAUCAACAUGAAGAAGGAGAAGUAUGAGGAGAAAGAUGAGAGAGACCCACAGAAACUGCUGGAAUCCAACAGAACCAUGCUUCUGAAACUGGCUGAACUGGCUUUCAAUCAGCUGAUGAAGGGCAAUGUGAUGUUCUAUGAGGACGACCUAUUGGACAGCGGCAUUGACAUCACUGAGGCCUCAGUGCAUUCUGGGAUCUUCACUGAGAUCUUCAGGGAGGAAUGUGUAAUUUACCAGAGGAAGGUCUACUGCUUUGUUCAUCUGAGCUUUCAGGAGUUCCUGGCUGCUCUCUAUGUGCUUCACUGCUACCAGAACCAGAACACGAAAGUACUGGAGGUUUUUAAAGCAUGGUGCCUACAGUGGUCUGAGAACGUAAAACUGGAGGAGCUGCUGUGUGGAGCUGUGCAUAAUGCCGUGCACAGUAAAAAUGGGCAUCUGGAUCUUUUCCUCCGUUUCCUGCUGGGAAUCUCACUGGAGUCCAAUCAGAUAAUGCUACAGGGUCUACUGACACCCACACACCAACUUAGAGAAAACCAUAGAUACAUCAAGAAAGUAAUAAGAUACUAUCAUGGCCUUUCAAUGGACAGAUCAAUUAAUCUGUUUCUCUGUCUGUCUGAAAUGUCUGACCAGUCUCUCUCCAAAGAGAUUCAUCUACAAUUAGAGAAAAACUCAGAAGUGAAGCUCUCUCCUGGACAAUGUUCAGCCCUAGCCGGUAUGAUUUUCAUCUCAGAGGGGGUUCUUAAUGAAUUGGACCUGAAGAAAUACAAUACAUCAGUGGAGGGUUAUAGGAGACUGGUUCCAGCAGUGCGACUCUGCAGAAAAGCCUUGUGA